GCCGCUUACCGCCUCACCGACACUGAGCCGACUCGACGGUAGCGUUCUCUUCUAUUAAUAGUAGCUUUUUUCGACCAUGUCGGCUCCUGCUCUUCUCCACCGUCAGGACAGAAGUGGCAGUGCGAGCGCGACGGUGAGGGGAGGGAAUGGCCGGCGGCGCAAGCGACAAGAUAGACUACGUGUUCAAGGUGGUGCUGAUAGGCGACUCGGCGGUCGGGAAGUCGCAGAUCCUGGCGCGGUUUGCGCGGAACGAGUUCGCGCUCGACUCCAAGGCCACCAUCGGGGUGGAGUUCCAGACGCGGACCCUCGUCAUCCAGCACAAGAGCGUCAAGGCCCAGAUCUGGGACACCGCCGGGCAAGAGAGGUAUAGAGCUGUCACUAGUGCAUACUACAGAGGUGCAGUUGGGGCGAUGCUCGUCUACGAUAUCACGCGGAGUCAAACCUUCGAUCACAUUCCUCGAUGGCUUGAGGAGCUGCGUAGCCAUGCUGACAGGAACAUCAUGAUCAUGUUAGUAGGCAACAAAACCGAUCUCAAGGACCAGCGAGCAGUAACAACAGAAGCUGCUCUAGAAUUUGCACAGAAGGAAAACCUCUUCUUCCUAGAAACAUCCGCACUCGAGGCUACCAACGUUGAGAACGCCUUCCAGACACUGCUCGCCGAGAUCUUCAACAUCGUCAACAAGAAAAACCUAACUUCAGAGCCUCAAAACAGCAAUGGCACGUCGACCCUGCCCGGUAAGAAGAUUAUCAUGCCUGGGCCAGCUCAGGAGAUACCGAAGAACAAGGCAUGCUGUAUGAGUUCGUAAGUAUCGGUCGUCUCAUUUAUUGGUGACUGUAAAGUUGACUGUUCGAUUCAUUUAUGAGUUCCUAUCCAGCGAUAUCUCUCGAUUGGUUUCCCGUUAAGGGAUCAACUUUUGAACUUGGAAUGAAAUUGAUUUGGUUUGUGUUA